AUGAAGUUCACACUGUUGGUUUGCAGCCUGCUGUCACUGCUCGUAUCCGAAGCUGCUGCGACAGCUUUAACAUAUAAGCUUGGGUCGAGCGAGAAGGCAUGCUUCUACGCGGUAACCAAGAAGGAGGCUGAAAAGAUCGCCUUCUAUUUUGCGGUUCAAUCUGGCGGAUCUUUCGACGUUGACUACAUCGUCACAGGACCAGGUGGGAAAGUGAUACUCAGCGGAGAGAAGGAACGCCAGGGAGACUUUGUCUUCACAGCCAACUAUCCGGGAGACUACGAGUUCUGCUUUAGCAAUGAGAUGAGUACUUUCGCCGACAAAUUCGUCGACUUCGAAAUUUCGGUCGAAAAUGAAGCGAGAGCCGAACUUCCCUCGAAGCAAGGGACGUCGCCUGAACACACCUCGCUGCUGGAGGAGUCUGUUUACAAAAUUUCUAGCCAGCUCUCCACCAUCUCUCGAAACCAGAAAUACUUCCGUACUCGCGAGAACCGAAACUUUAGUACUGUACGCAGUACUGAGCAGAGGAUUGUAAACUUCAGUUUGGUUCAGUGUUGCUUGAUCGUCUGCAUGGGGGCCCUGCAGGUUUUCAUUGUCAGGUUCUUCUUCCAGGUAGCGGGGGUUGGAUGGCGGGUAAAGCAAAUCCUGGGAAGAGCAGCCCGUUUGGCCAACUACUUUGCCAUGCCGACCGAUUCGGCCCUAGAGGGAACCACCACUUCGCUCACCCGGAUUGCUUUUGGGGAUGAGAAGUGUACCUGUAGUGCAACAUACUUCAGUGAAAGUGAGAUGACUUCCAUCGCCGAUUCCCUCGCUGCAUCUCUACCGAAACCAAAAUACACAGGGGAGGAAGAAGAGGUCCCGAUACGAGCACAGCAACGGGGUCCCCGUAUAGUCGGUCCCGGCCAACUCGAUGAGUCCCAAAUAGUACUAAGACAGUCGGGACCUCCCCCCUACGGGCAGAGGAAAGGAUGGCGACCCCGAAACCCCGAAGACUUUGGCGACGGUGGCGCGUUCCCCGAGAUUCCCGUUGCGCAGUAUCCCCUCGAGAUGGGCAAGAAGUCUGCCACGACGAGCAAUGCACUUACCGUGCAAGUUGAUUCUGAAGGAAAGGUCAAAUACGACGCGAUCGCUAGGCAAGGACACUCGGACAAGCGCAUCAUCCACACCUCUUUUAAGGAUUUAAUACCGUUACGGCAGAGAGCGGAGGCUGGAGAGAUCGACCUCUCUCGUCCGAACCAGGAGGAGGUUGAAGCAAUCGCGGAAAGAACGAAGAACGCCCUCGCAGCGCUCGUCAACAGUGCAGUAGCGGCGCAGAAGCCAAAAACUGUCAACACCGGUCAACGCCAAACAACAUUCGUCAAAUACACGCCGGCGAGCCAGUUCGGCGAUAAUUCCAAGAAGCAAGAUCGCAUCAUGAAGAUUGUCGAGCGACAAAGAGACCCCAUGGAGCCACCCAAGUUUAAGCAUAAGAAGAUACCCCGAGGACCGCCAUCACCGCCACCGCCUGUGAUGCACUCGCCUCCACGGAAACUCACCGCUGAGGAUCAAGAAAUGUGGAGAAUACCUCCUCCUGUAUCCAACUGGAAGAACCCUAAGGGAUUCACCGUUCCCUUGGAUAAACGAUUGGCCGCCGAUGGUAGAGGCUUGCAGGAAGUGGCGAUCAAUGACAAGUUUGCACAGUUUUCCGAGGCCUUGUUUAUGGCUGAUAGACAUGCCCGCGAGGAAGUACGACAGCGGUCUCUCAUGCAGCAAAGACUCGCAGAAAAGGAAAAGGCACAAAAAGAGGAGAAUUUACGAAUGCUCGCAGCAAAGGCGCGCGAGGAAGGCACUGGGGCUCGACCUUCACGACGGUCUCGGUCCGUUUCGGUCAGUGGGAGCGAGUCGUACUCGGAGAGUGAGAGUGCUAGCGAUGAUUCGGGGCGGAGAGCAAGAGAUGAGGCAAGGAGAGAACGACAGCAAGAGGAAAAGAGGAAACUGCGACAGUCGCGCAUGGGGGCCGAAAGACGUAUCCAGGUCAUGGCCAGGGAGCAAAAUCGCGACAUAUCAGAAAAGAUUGCGCUUGGGCUUGCGAAACCAACACAAACCAAGGAGUCGAUGUACGAUUCUCGCCUGUUCAAUCAGUCGAGCGGGUUCCAUGCUGGAUUUAAUGAGGAUAACCCUUAUGACAAGCCGCUGUUUGCCGCGCAAGACGCAAUUAGCAGUAUAUAUCGACCGAGAGCGAAUAUGGAAGAAGAGGACGAGGAGGCUGGCGAUAAGGAAAUGGAAAGAAUUCAGAAGUCUGCCCGUUUCGGAGAAGUUCUGGGUAGGGGCAAAUUUAAGGGUGCCGAGGAAGCAGAGGCUCGAGAAGGACCUGUACAAUUUGAGAAGGAAACUACGGAUCCUUUCAAUGUCGAUAAGUUCCUAUCUGAAGUCGAGCAAAGCUCGGUUCAAAAGCGAGGGUACGGAUUACAGGAGGGGGAAUCUCAGAGAAAACCGAAGCGGACGAGGGUUGACGACGAUGACGACGGCAGCGGCGACUAA